AUGACCUCCUGGAAGCCGAGCGCCAGCACGUCGGGGGGGCCGCGCGCGCCCCCGGCCAGGAACCACUCGUCCAGGUCGUCGUCGUCGGAAAUCGCGUUCGCGAACACGUUCCAGCAGCCAACCAUGAUAGUCACACUGUCGGGCGGCUCACCAGCGCUCAUGCCUGCGCAGGCGGCCAGCCCGCCGAAGUCGCCUGGGCGCUCCUGGUCCUGCGCCUCCUCCACCUUGGUCCUGAGACUCCUGGCCGCUGCGCCACCAACGGAUUUGGCAACCGUGCCGAGAGACUUCGCGAACUCCUUCAUGCCAGCCGGGGCGCCCUCGGCCACGUCCUCCGAGUGCCGGCCCCCCCGCCGCAAAGCCUGA